AGGCGUGCUUAUCCUCCGCUGAGGCGAUUUGGCGCGUAAUACUUUUGUAUAUUUCUGAUUUCGGUCGGCGCAUAGCCUAAAGCAGGACCCGAGUGAUGCUAAAGUAACUUUUAAGACGUGUGCGAAAUGUUGUCAACACCAAUAGAGGAAAGAAAGUACUUUUGCAGCCCAGAGGCGAAUAGCAGACUGGAACUGCAGCGCCGUGUACCGCGCGAGCCUCAGGACGAAGGUGGGACCAUGGAGUCUGUCGCUGGGGGCAACCAAACCAACAUGGGCAUAGCCUGUCAGACCCAUAAUAUAAAAAAAGAAGCCAUGCUGCUGUUCCAGAAGACCCGUGCCGAUAACUCUCUGGUUCUCCUGACGAGGAAGUUUGCUCAGAGACUAAAUCGCUCUCUGAGUGGAGUGGUGGACCUCAACUUGGUCUCAUCGGAGCUCAAAGUGUCCAAGAGGCGUCUGUACGACAUCACCAACGUGUUGGAAGGGAUCAAUCUCAUGAAGAAGACGCACAAAAACCACCAUCAGUGGUUGUGCGGCCCUGUGGAGAACAACCUCGCCAGAAGCCUGGAGGCUCUAAUUGAGGAGGAGGAGAAACUGGACGAGCUCAUCCAAAUAUGUGCCCAGCAGAUCAGCAGGCUGUUCGAGGAGAACUUACACGACAGGUACGCCUACCUGACUUACGAAGAUAUCAGGAGCAUUCCGAGUUUUGAGCAGCAGACUGUGAUUGUGAUCAAAGCGCCGCCCGAGACUCGCCUUCAAGUGCCACAUCCAGAAGAGAGCUUGCAGAUUCACCUCAGAAGCGCCAACAGGCCCAUCGACGUCUUCCUCUGCUCUGACACGCCGGUUGCCAUGGAAUCUAUGGAGACGCCGGCUGUGGGCAGCGCCAGCGGUGAACAGGUCCAGCUACCCGCCUCUGUUAAAUCCUCCUCUGGACCUCCUUCCUUUUCAAUGCAGACGUCAGCCAAAGAGAAUGCUAAUGGUAGCUGUGAAACGAAAGGUUUCUCAAACCUAGAGUCUGAGGUGACACCACACUCGACACCGUUAAGUUUCAUCCCUUUGACGAACUCGUGCAGUAUCCCCCCGAAACUCGAACAUAGCUACGCCAUCCCGUCUCCGAUCUCCUCCUUUGACAGGGAUUGCCUCAUCAGCUUGACCACAGAUGAAGGCGUCACAAAGUUCUCCUCAGCCUGACAUGGAGAUGCUGCGUUGCUGAACAGACUCUGUUGGAAUCGUCAUUCAGGCUGAGGGGAAAUAACAAAACAAAACAAAAAACACUACUCACUCAAAUUGUUUUUGUUUUGGAACUUUUACUACCUCAGAGGAAACGUCACUCUGGACUUGCUCCGGAAAUGCUAAAAAAUUCAGGCUUAUUGGGUGGAAGCUGUUGGGCUACAGUGUUCAUCUAUCAGAGAUCACUAAUCUGUUUAAGAUUGAGUGAGAGAACAUGGAUAAUUUUUUCUACUGGAUGUGAUGGCAUAAAUGGCGUCGUUAUGGUUGGCGUGAUGAUGCCACCAGGAAGUUUCCACAGAAUCUGCCAGUCAUUCUGUCGUCCCAUGAUGUCUUGAAAAGACAUCCAUAUUUUGUGCCCACUCACCAACAUUUUAUCUCAUGACUCCAAACCUAUUUCCACUUUUUGCCUGUAAGCAGUGCCAGUGUACUUUACAAUUUUUUAUUGUUUUGGUCUGCAGGUGGAUAUCAAUUUUAUUGAUGAA